GAUCUGUCACUGCUGGCUGCUGAAAGUGAAUCAAAACAAAAUAAAUUGUGCAAUUCUCUCGGCAAACUGGUGGAAUGUUCUCGGAUUUCUAGAUCGGAAAAAUCCUUUAAUUUACGGUACUUUUCAUAAAAAAGGAUAUUUAAACACAUUCGACACAAGAUGAUGCGCUACGAGGGAAAUCAGGAGCUGGCGGAUAAAACGGCCUGCGCCCGGGUGAGAGCCGAUUUGAAAAUGUGUCUGCUGAAGAGCGAUUGCUGUGCGAAGGAUAAGAACUUGCCUCGUGAUUGUCUGUACAAAACCGAUGGGACCGUGCCAGACGAGUGUCACGCUUUGCGGAACACAUUUUUCGAGUGUAAGCGGUCGUUGUUGGACAAUCGAACCCGAUUCCGGGGCAGAAAAGGAUAUUGAAUCCCUGUGUACUUUCCGGUUUUUCUGUUAUCAGCGUUUUGGAUUAGGAUGGGUACCAACUCGAUACCUAACCGGUGGUGCAGUAUUCUGGCUGCGUCCUUAUUGUAAGGUAGAUUUAUCAUUUGUUGUGAUUCAUUGAAAGAGGGUGGAUUGAAAUAUAAUUCAAAGGCUUGUAGUUUACAAUUUAACAUA